AUGGCGGGACUUUAUCUUUAUGGCAUCCCCUUAGAUUCGGCAGAGUUUGAGAGGUUCAGAGACGACUACAAUUAUUGGUUGAGAUACAAUGGACGAGUAGACUUGGAUGACGAGGGUAUUCGGGAUGCUUACAGGCGAGACAACUUCGUCACGGCCAACGCUCCCGGUGGUAGGGUAGCCACUGCAGCCAAGCCCGUGAGGCCGAUUGAUGUGCCUAUGCUGGGAGGCAGAGACUUCGCGGAAGGGGUUUGGCUCGCUCAGAGAGUUCCAGAGAUAAUGAACUAUAGCUUUCCGGCCGUGAACUGGAAAGGUGUCAGAGUAUUAGGUCGUGGCGGAAUGGGAACUGUGGGGCAUUGGUCUUAUGAUAAAACACAAGCCAAUUUACCAUUAACAUGUGACGUGGCUGUCAAAGAGAUAAUGGAUCCAAGGUACGACUUGACAGACGAAGCAAAUUUGAUGCUCAAAAUCCCCGAAAACUCAGAACAUGCUCUCAGGUUGGUGAAGGAUCCCCGCUUCGCGGACUUGGGCCUCGAAGGGUUGCCUAACGCUUGGAUGGGGGUGACAAAAAGGUUGAUUAUGGAGUAUUACACACAAGGGACAUUGUUAGAUCUUUUGAAAAGAAGAAUUGCGACGCAGACUAAAUUCUCCGAAUACACCUUGUGGCUGAUCUUUGAAUGUCUGAUAGAUGGCAUUAGUCUCCUAGAGUACGGAGAGGAGCUUGGGUUCAACGCUGUCAGCAAACAGGCUGUUAUCCCACCGUUAGCGCUGGAUUGGAAACAAGGAAUUGUACACUUCGACUUGAAACCCUCGAACAUACUUCUCGAGAAAACACGAAGUCAUGCCUACACACCUAUCUGCAAGAUCGGCGACCUCGGCCUAGCUCAGGUGAUAGAUGUCAAUAUAACCCUUUCGGAGGAAAAAAAGAAAAUGUAUCGAAGCGAUGGUACACCAGGCUACUACACGCCUGAACAAUUCUCUCUCAGGUGGAACGCGCUUGACUGGGAUACCAGUGGAGUCGCCGGUCUUUACGGUUAUGCAACCAAUGUAUGGCAGGUCGGCGCCAUCAUGUGGGAACUCGCAAUGUUCCGUCGACUGAAUCAGGUUUCAAACUUCCUACCGGCCGGUACGAUCAAUGGUGUGGCACCACUAGGCGAGACGUACGGACGAGAUAUCGAAACUUCGACCUACAGCAAUGGAUUGCAAGAACUUAUCCUUGCAUGUCUGUACGAGAAGCCUGGAUUUCGUCCAACGCUUCCUUUCCUAAAAACGAAGAUCAUUGGCGCAUUGGAACCCUUGGAUAGUCAGGGUGUUGAGCCAGAACCAUGGGCAAGUUUUCGAGCCCCUGAUCCAGUUGAGCGGAACCCUCCUGUAGUACCACCAGUUGACCCUGCCCCUAUUAUACCACCUGCUCCGCCUCCAGUUGUCGCUCCGAUCGUUCCUCCACUGGUUGCACCAGCCCCCGCGCCUGCACCUGCGCCAGUCAGAAACGUUAUUUACAGAUGUACAUUCAUUCUGGCAGACGGUUCGCAGUGCAAAAAUCAGAGGAAGUUACCAUUUGGGGCACCAAAUCCCCGGUGUACUACUCAUGCCAAUCUGGUCCGUUAUCCAUAA